GUAAAAAAGAGAGAGGAGAAAAAGAAGAAAACAAAAAACAGAUCAAUCAUACAACUAUCGCCACGAAAGCACGGGGACACACACUGGGUUUCGUUCAUCCUCCAUAUCUCAUCUAUUUGCUUUCUCUCUCCUCUGUAUUUGGAAUUCUCAAUUCAGCAUAAUUUCCGCCAAAUAAUGACGAUAGAUCAUGCCGAACUCACCACUGACCAGGUUCUCAAAAGGGACAUUCCAUGGGAGACAUACAUGACAACUAAGUUAAUCACUGGGACAGCCCUCCAACUUCUACGGCGUUAUGACAAAAGACCAGAAAGCCAGAGAGCAUCCUUGCUGGAUGAUGAUGGUCCUUCCUAUGUUCGAGUUUUUGUGAGCAUCCUGCGUGAUAUUUUUAAAGAAGAGACAGUGGAAUAUGUUCUUUCUUUAAUCGAUGAAAUGCUCACUGCGAAUCCCAAAAGGGCUAGGCUGUUUCAUGAUAAUUCGCUUGCAAAUGAAGAUAUCUAUGAACCUUUUGUAAGAUUGCUUUGGAAAGGGAACUGGUUCAUACAAGAGAAGAGUUGUAAGAUACUCGCAGUGAUUGUAAGUGCUAGACCCAAAAAGCAGUAUGCUGGAGCUACAAAUGGCGAGGCCUCAGAUUCCAAAAGCAAGUUCACGACCAUAGACGAUGUGUUAAAAGGACUAGUGGAUUGGCUUUGUGCACAGCUAAGAAAUCCUUCUCACCCAAGCCGGGGUAUCCCUACUGCUGUCAAUUGCUUUGCUACCUUAUUGAAAGAACCUUUGGUCAGAUCAUCAUUUGUUCAAGCAGAUGGCGUCAAGCUACUUAUUCCAUUUAUUAAUCCUGUAUCCAAUCAAUCUACACCAAUAGCAUCUUCACAAUCGAAUCAGCAAUCUAUGCAGCUCCUUUACGAAACUUGUCUCUGUAUCUGGCUGUUGUCAUACUACGAACCUGCUGUUGAAUACUUGGCUACUUCAAGAUGCCUAUCACGGCUGACAGAGGUCGUUAAAAGCUCUACAAAGGAGAAGGUUGUUAGGGUCAUCAUUAUGACAUUCAAGAAUCUGCUCCCCAAAGGAACAUUUGGUGCCCAGAUGGUGGACCUUGGAAUGCCUCAGAUUGUUCAAAACUUGAAAGCACAGGCCUGGGGUGAUGAGGACCUUGUGGAGGCUUUGUCUCAACUAGAUGAAGGGCUGAAGGACAAUGUCAAAAAAAUGAGUUCAUUUGACAAGUAUAAACAAGAAGUACUUCUUGGCCAUCUUGACUGGUCUCCAGUCCACAAAGACACUUUCUUCUGGCGGGAAAAUAUCAGCAACUUUGAGGAAAAGGAUUUCGAGAUCUUGAGAGUCCUCCUCACCAUUUUGGACACUUCCAAUGACCCAAGAUCCCUCUCUGUUGCUUGCUUUGAUCUCUCACAAUUUAUCCAACAUCACCCAUCCGGGAGAAUCAUAGUUAAAGAUCUCAAAGCUAAGGAGCGAGUGAUGAAACUAAUGAAUCACGAAAACGCUGAGGUCACCAAAAAUGCUUUACUAUGCAUCCAAAGGCUCUUCUUGGGAGCAAAAUAUGCUAGCUUUUUGCAAGCUUGAAAUGCAUUUGUGGACAAAUGAUGCAGAUUUCAGCAUGCCCAAUGGAAAUUUAUUUGAUAUUUAUGAGAUGUUUCCAUGAUUGAUUGUUGUUCGAAAUUGUGUAAUAAACACUAUGCAUGUCGAGCUUGUCGAGGUUCAUAAUAUGGCAUGGACAAACAAGUGAUCACCUAGAGAUGGAUUUUUUUGGUUCUUUGCGGCAAGAUAUUGCGCAUGUAAUUUAAUAAGUAUCUUUUUUUAUACAAAAUUUGUUAUUUAAAUAUAA